UUUUGCAUCCUGGCAGUCUUGUUCUUGAAGUGACGCACGAAGGAUUGGGAAAGAUUUCAGCGUUUAAUAAAAGCACAAACACGCAGCAAUGCCUCCAAAUUCAGGUCCAACAUUCAAAAUGAAGACUAUCAUAUGGUUUGUGUUAGUGUUGGGUCCACUCACUGCUGCAGGCGAAGUGGUGUUUGCAGAACCAGGGGAGAGAGCCACCAUCAAGUGUGGGGGCAACAAAGACCCUUUAAACCUGGAUUGGAAACGUGGACAGAAAUUAAUCAUUGGCUAUUUGAGGCGUGGCUCCCCUCGCAGAGACCAAGAGGAAAUUGCGAGCAGGUCAAGGCUGCUACAGGCUAAUUUGAUGAUUGACAAAGUGAAGAAAGAGGAUGCUGGACAGUUCACCUGUGAAGCAGACAGCAAAAUGUACCGUCACACACUUUUGGUGGUGUCAGUGUCAGUCAGCCCCUCCAGUGAGCUCCAGCUGGGCAGCAAAGCUACGCUCCAGUGUCAGGUCGAAGGUCUGAGCCCAGCCCCUCCAGUGCAGUGGAAGAGGCCAGGUGUAGAUAAACCAAUAGAGUCACACACUGUUGAACUCAAUCCUGUGGCCUCGUCAGAUGCAGGAACAUGGAAGUGUGCGGUCUCUCAGGAUGGGCAGAUCAAAAACGUGAGCCUAGAUAUUAAAGUUAAAGCUCCUGAACCAUCUACAGUUUCCCCUUCCAAAACCACAGAGGGCAAUAAGAAGACCUGCAACAACUGCGGCUCUAACUCUAAGACCAGUAAUGAUUCAGCGCCGCUGGUGCUGCUGGGGCUCAGCUUGUGGGUGUGGGUUGGAAUUGGAGUUGGCGGCCUGGUCGCAGUUUCCCUGAUGGUCGUAGUCAUUGUUUUGUACAAGAGGAUCAAAAGAAGGAAGGAAAGACACCGCAGGUUGAAGAAUUCCAGACAACCACUGACGACCAGGCAGUUCUGCCAGUGUGACCACCCAACAGCUGCAGCCAAACCGCAGCAAGAACGCCGAAGAGAGAAACCCCUGCUAACGGAGUGACAUGAAAGAAAGGAGACAUAGAGAGAAAGAAAAGGAGGCAGGGAGAGAAGGGGGAAAGGAAUGAAAGAGAGGAACAGAUAGAGAUAAGUGUAAAAAGAGCGUGGGUGAACGAGAACCACGGUGCGAAUAUGGCUUGAAUGUAAAUGGGCUUUUGAAUGCUCUUGAUGAAAAUAAAAAUCAAAUGUAAUGAUGUGGGCACUUUGAGCUUUUCCCACUAAAUAUAACCAGUGAUCUGAAUGCAAAUGGACCUGAAUGCCUCCACUGGAAGCGAGGAACAGCAACAGUCUGUACUUAUUUAACAUUUAUGAAUCAUAUUAACAUGUUCAGCCUAGCAUAUCAAUACAUUCAGCAUUGUUAAACUAUUGGGCUCUGCUUUUAUCUUAAAUUACAGACAUAUCUUCUUUCCUGUGCUUCUGUUUUUAUUUGCUAAAAAGAUUUGUAUGUAUUCUUUGUUCUGAUUUUUCAGGAUUGCCAUACUGCAUUGAAUUUGAUGUCUUUUUUUCCUGCUGUCAAUAAA